AUGAAAAGAGUAACAAGAUCUCCGCAAAAGAACGAAAAUGUAUCCCCAGUUAAGCGCGUCAAACCAAAUUCUCCUUGUAAGCAGGAAAAAUGUUUAACAAUCCAAAGCCCACGAAAGAGAUAUGAACGAUUUAUAGUUAAAGAAGUGAAUUAUGACUACUAUCCAUGCGCAGGCGAGGAUAAUUGGCUAAUGGCUAAGAUCCUUCACUUACUGAACGAGCGAGAUCAAUCAGAACGCUAUGUUCAUUUGCGCGAUGACUGGGUGGACAGCACAGUAAACGUUGGCGACUAUGUUCACGUAAUUGGCAACUUUGAUGAGCAAUCCAAGAGCUGCAUCAUAGAUAAUGACCAUAAUUUGAUUAUAGUGAAUCCAGAUUAUUUAUGUUCGGCGACGCAAGUCUCCGAUAGUACAUCGUGUAUGAGAAAGGCUGUCCUAGAGGAACGAGCAAAAUUGGGCAGUCCUUGGAGUCCAUCUGCUGUAUUUGGAAAUAUGCUUCAUGAACUAUUGCAGACAUGUCUGGAGAAUGAUAAUUUCACAUACAAGUUUUUGCAAGAGUCAAUGCUGAACCAGAUUGCCAAGUCGACUGAGCAGCUGUUUUGUGCCGGCUUAGAUGAAAAGACAGCGAAAGCGGAAUUAGAAUCUAUUAUUCCAAGGUAUAUUUCUUGGAGCGAGAAGUUUGUCGCCGCAACUCCGCAGUCAGGUGCGACUAUAAAUCCGCAUCGUGCAUCAUCGACCGAUAAUACAGUUCUCUGCAUAAACAAAAUCCUCGAUAUUGAAGAACACGUUUGGUCGCCAAUGUAUGGACUAAAGGGAAUGAUCGACGCGUCUAUACAAGCUGAGAUUAUCCAAAAUAAUAAGUCAAGAAGAUUAGUACUACCAUUUGAAUUGAAGACGACACGUACUUCCACCGUUGCGUAUCAUCAUGCUCAGACAAUAUACUACACGCUGUUGAUGAAUGACCGUUAUGAUGUUAAUGUGAAGUUGGGUUUGCUAUACUAUGUUCGGGAAGCCGAAGAUGGAGAAAUGCGUGUUGUUCCUGUUCGGCGCCACGAAUUGGUUCAUUUGAUUAUCCAACGAAACGAGAUGGCGGCAUACGUUUCGAAUAGAAAUAGACUACCACCGAUGAUCCAGAAUUCAUAUAAAUGUGGGAAAUGUUUUGCCAAGAGUUUAUGUUUCGCGGUUGAAAAUGGGAAUGGAGAAACAAGUGGAUUAGGACAACUUUUUGAUGACGCAACUGCUCACAUGACGGGAAACCGAUCGGAAUUCUUCGUCAAGUGGGAAAAAUUGAUAUCAGCGGAAGAAAAUGAUAUGAUUAGAUUUCGAAAAGAAAUAUGGUCCAUGCUGGCGAAUGAACGCGAGUUUUAUGGAAGAUGCUUGAGCAAUAUGAAAUUAGAUCCCGAUAGCAUCGAAGACAAUGGUAGAGGUGCAGGAUCGCGUCGAUACAAGUGUCGCUUCUGGCGUCACAAUUCAGAUGAUAGGCUCAUCGGAUUAGGACAUUUUGCUGUCGGUGAUCCAAUAGUCAUCUCAUCUCAAGAUGGUCAUUAUGCGCUAGCCAUUGGAUUCGUGUAUGAGACGCAUUCCGAUAGUAUAUUGGUCGAUAUAGACCGUAAACUUCGCGGUAUUCCAAAGCGAUGUUCUGAUUUCGACGAAGAAACUUGUCAAAAUUUUGAAGGUAUUCGAGUAAUUAAGAGAAAGAGUCAACCAUUUUCACGUCUCGGGCAGCAAAAUGGUGUCAUGACGCUAAGGAUAUCUGGUAGAGAUGAUCAAAAGAUAAGAGAUAGCAAAAAUGAGACAUUGUAUAGGAUCGACAAGGACGAGAUGUCGUCGGGCAUGAGCUUAGUGAGAGAAAACCUCGUAAAGCUCAUGAUGAUCGAGACUGAAGAAAGACGUCGACAGCUUAUUGUGGAUAUGCUUGCGCCAGAGUUUCAUGCCGAGAGCCGUUAUAGUGCAUCAGAUACCAGUGAUGAUUGUUUGAAUGUUGAUCAAAAGCAAGCGGUUGAUAAAGUUCUAAGAGCUAAAGAUUAUCUGCUCAUUCUCGGAAUGCCUGGAUCUGGAAAGACUACGACCAUUGCACAUAUCGUAAAGACACUAGUAACACAAGGAAAGACUGUGCUUUUGACAUCUUAUACCCAUACGGCCGUUGACAACAUACUAUUGAAACUGCACGACAGUAACAGCAAUAUCGACAUUCUGAGACUCGGAUCUCGUGACAAGGUUCAUCCUGGCAUACACAAAUACAUGCUGAGUCGAGAUGGCAGCAUCGAACACGUUGACGAACUUGCUGAAUUCGUAAUGUCUAAACCUGUAGUUGCAACGACAUGCUUGGGAAUAAAUCAUUGGCUGUUUCAUAAGCGUAGAUUUGAUUAUUGUAUAGUUGAUGAGGCGUCACAAAUCACCUUGCCUGCCUGUCUGGGACCAUUGAGACACGCAGAUAUGUUUGUUCUUGUGGGUGACCAUUAUCAACUGCCUCCACUGGUGCGCAAUUCUGAAGCGCGGAAGAAGGGUAUGAGCGUCAGCUUAUUCAAGACGCUCUCCGAGGCGCAUCCCGAAGCAGUGGUGAAUCUACAGCAUCAGUAUCGAAUGAAUAAAGACAUUAUGUUGUUGUCUAAUCAACUAAUAUAUGAUAACAAAUUACGAUGCGGAUCUCCUGAAGUUGCUGAAAGAUGUUUAACCGUGCCCUACAUUAAAAAAAUUGACGAAUUUCACGUCGCUGACAAUGAACCCUUUCUAUGCGAUGGACAAAAGUGCUGGCUAAGACAAUUGGUUUCACCAGAACGCAGAGCUGUCUUUGUCGAUACCGACAGUGUUCCUGCUUUCGAUUCUCGUACGGGUGAUGUAGUGCAUAAUGAAAUUGAAGCACAAUUAGUCUAUCAGGUUACAACAGCACUACUCGCGUGUGGUGUUGAGGAAUCUUCUAUUGGCAUUAUAUCUGUCUACAGAUCGCAGCUCAGAUUGUUGUCUCAACUUCUCAGAGGUCAUUCACAACUCGAAAUAUCAACAGUUGAUAAAUACCAAGGACGGGAUAAGGAGUGCAUAUUGGUGUCUCUUGUGCGAUCUAACGAGAAACAGGCUGUGGGAGAAUUACUUCGAGAUUGGCGUCGUAUAAACGUUGCAUUUACAAGGGCUCAGAGUAAACUCGUUAUUUUUGGUUCGAGAUCUACUUUAGCAAUCACGCCCAUCUUUAGUCAAUUCUUGACAUUAAUGGAUAAGAAUAAUUGGAUUUACGUUCUACCUAAAGACGCCCAUAAGAUGCACGUGAUGGCUAGGACGACACUUUCUAAAGGAAAACAACAGCUCGAAAAUCUGGGCGGUGAGGGAAAGUCGCCUCGGAAAAUAGUCAAGGGCGCUGGUAGGGCCAUCCUCAAAGAUCGGAAAAUAUUAAGAGAUGUCUCUAAUGGCCUUUUGUGA